GAUGUAAUAAAGAGUCAUUGAGAAAGAGCACCCACGGGGAGGAGAAGCAGGAUGCCUAGUGUCAGUGACCCCAAAUACCAGACAUGUGUGCAAGGCUAUUGGGGCUCCUUCAGUUCCUGUUGAGCUGGUGAUAACUAUAGUCAUAGCUCUCACUUGUGGGCAUCGGGGAGCUGCGUGACGAGGAGCAAUGCUUCCCCGAUGGGAACUGUCUCUUUACCUGCUUGCUUCACUAGGCUUCCACUUCUAUUCUUUCUAUGAAGUUUACAAAGUCUCCAGAGAACAUGAAGAGGAACUGGACCAAGAAUUUGAGCUGGAGACUGAUGCUUUAUUCGGAGGAUUAAAGAAGGACCCAACUGACUUUGAAUGGAGCUUCUGGAUGGAAUGGGGAAAGCAGUGGCUGGUGUGGCUUCUCCUUGGCCACGCGGCCGUGUCUCAAAUGGCCACGCUGCUUGCCAGGAAGCUCAGACCCUGGAUCCUCAUGGCCUAUGGAAUGUGGGCCUGCUGGUGUGUGCUGGGGGCCCCAGGUGUGGCCUUGGUUUUUCUCCACACCGUCAUCUCCUUCUGUGUGGCCCAGUUCCGGUCACUGCUCCUGUCAUGGCUCUGCUCUCUCCUCCUGCUCUCCACACUGAGGCUGCAAGGUGUGGAGGAAGUUAAGAGAAGGUGGUACAGGACAGACAGCGAAUACUACCUGCUGCAGUUCACACUGACCGUCCGCUGCCUGUACUACACCAGCUUCAGCCUCGAGUCCUGCCAGCAGCCACCCACCGCCCAGGCCUCCUGCUCCUUUCCCUGGAUGUUGGCCUACGUCUUCUAUUACCCUGUCUUCCACAACGGGCCCAUCCUCAGCUUCCCCGAGUUCAUCACACAGAUGCAGCAGCAAGAGCUCAGCUCCCUGAAGGCCAGCCUCUGUGUCCUUGCCUGGGGCCUGGGCCGCCUCCUCUGUUGGUGGUGGCUGGCGGAGCUGAUGGCUCACCUGAUGUACAUGCACGCCAUCUAUAGCAGCAUCCCCCUCCUGGAGGCCGUCUCCGAUUGGACACUAGGAGGACUGGCCUUGGCCCAGGUGCUCUUCUUCUACGUGAAGUACUUGGUGCUCUUCGGCAUCCCGGCUCUGCUCAUGCGUCUAGAUGGACUCAGGCCUCCGCCCCUCCCUCGCUGCGUGAGCACCAUGUUCAGUUUCACGGGGAUGUGGAGGUAUUUUGAUGUUGGACUGCAUAAGUUCUUAAUAAGUCCUGUGUCCUGAGCUUAAGCAUCUUCCUGUUGCCAUGCAAGAAAGAAGGGCUGGGGAGAGGAGAAGAAGAUGGGAGAUAGAAAUUAUGGAUGCUUCCCCAUCCCCAUACCCUAUGGCUCUGCUAUUGCCCAGAAAGAGGGCCAAGACUGCCUUCAU